UUUUUUGGUGUGUUUUUAAUCGUUGUCCUGUUGGACAACGUUUGUUUGUAACGGCAGGUUAAAGUUCACAGUGGUCAGUGAGCCGAUGGACGACGAAGAGGAGUGUGUGGAUGUUGGACAUGCUUUCCUGGACCUACAGGAACUGCUGCUCACAGGAAACGAUGUGUUCGAACAACAGAUUGACAUUUUGAGUGUGGACGAAGACAGGGAGGUCAUAGGGAGUCUAAAAGUGUCCCUGGAGGCGGCAAAAGCACUGAAAGGGAUAUACCAGGAGUUUCACCAGAGAGGUAAAAGUAAGACAACAAGCAACGCAGAAGAAGACGAAGAAGAGGAGGAGGAAAAGAAAGAAGAUCAGAUUCAAGUACUAGAUUAUGAAGAUGAAGAUGAUAAUGUCUUCCACUGAGGAAAAAAAAAUAAACUGUCUAUGUCACAUUUAAAAA